AUGCAUUUGUGGCGGGCCACUUUCCCUCUCUGCCUGCUUGUGUCAGCAGCUCUGCCCGCCGCGGCUACGUCGGCGUGGGGAUUCGCAGAUGCCACCGUGGCAAUUCAAGCAAAAGGCUCUGGAAUCAAUGGCGGUUUUAAAGAACCACUUGACUCGAAGAAGCCGCUGUCGAAGCCCAUUGCGUUCACCAAUGUUGACUCCCUACGCGUCAUCUUGACUACGAAGGAGGGGAGCUCCUCAAAGAGACCCCACCAGGCAUUCCUGAUGUUGAAGGAUGAGAAGAGUGGUCUGGAUGUAUCAUAUCCAUUCACAGUGAAGGAGAGCGGGAAAGCUCGUGUGGAGCUGACCCAGAAAGAGCUACCGGUCCAGUUUCUCUCCCUCGCGGAACCCAUCGAUGCCCAUGUGGUCAUUGGAUCUUUUGGUGAAUCUGAAGGCUAUGACUCGUCGGUCUUCAAGCUGAAGAUCGAACGGGACGCAAACGUUCCUCUCCCCACCACGGAGACUUCGCGCUACGGCAAGCUCCCUGAGAUCCACCAUAUCUUCAAGGACUCUCCCUCCAACCCUCCAAUUGUUAUCACACUGGCAUUCACAGCUGCGGUUGCUGCUACCUUGCCUGUUUUGGCCAUUAUGUGGCUCUUCCUCGGCGCCAACCUUGGCCACCUCCCUACCGCUAUGAAGUCGGCCCCCCUCCCCCAUUUCGUCUUCCUCGGCUCGUUGUUCUCAUUUGAGGGCCUGUUCUUCCUCUACUAUACGUCUUGGAACUUGUUCCAGCUUCUGCCGGCCGCGGCACUGGUAAGCGUCGUCGCCUUUGUGAGCGGAAGCCGUGCAUUGGGAGAGGUGCAAGGUCGUCGCCUUGCUGGUCUCCGCUAA